AUGUCCAACGCCAAUGAGCGAGGACAAGUUGUCCUCCAUUGCCAGUUGACACCCCCUAGAAUUCCCUUCCUCGACCUUUAUCCGCCUUUAAGGGCAUCCGGCUCGAUUCCUGGGACGGCGCGUACUAGUCCAGGAUAUUCUUCCUCCGCUCUCGCGUUGCAUUGGAUGAGGGAUCGUGACUUCCAAUGUCUUGUGCUGAAACUUCGCUCUGUUUCUCUCCAAGCUGCUCAUGUUGUGAAUGCAAGUCGCAAGAGUAAACACCAUGCACGCAAUGUGGAAAAUGCUCUCAGGAAAGCCGGAGCCAUCCCAUUGCCUAUUGCAAAGAAUUUUGACCUUCAACAUGCGUCCAAUAUAAUGCCCUUAAGUGGACUGGUCCAUUCCUCCCUUGACCUGUACGGCAUCAUUGCUCUCGCUCCAAGCCUUACCUCGUUGAACUUUUUGAAAACGCUUCUGACAUUGAAGAAUGAGGAAUAUCAACGUGCGGUAGAUGUGACUGGAUCGAAUGCUACGAAACCUCCGCUCUUCGACAAUUCGGAUGAACUAUUGAAUCCGGAACUCGAGCUCGUUGUGCUGCACCCCACCUAUUUCGCUUUCGGCGACGGCAUCCCUUAUUUCGAGGAAUCUGCUGGUGGUCAUCUGAUUUUCGACCGCGACACUCAGUCGGUGCUUAUCAAAACAGAUGAUGGGCAAACAUUUCCUUAUCGCCCUUUCCGCCCCCACUCCAAGCGUUUGAAGUUUGAACAACUCAAUGUCUUCUUUUUCGUCAUCAACGCUCAUGGAAAAUUUUCUGCGCACCAAAAAUCUUAUGGGUCCGACGGUUUUUCUCAGCGAACUCGUGCCAUUAUAGAGGCUACAAAGGAGGUGUACGAACAGCUUUUCUUUCGGCCCAAACCCACCCCAGGUAGCAGGGGCGAGUCGGAAGACCAAGCCGCUGCUGAGAUAUGGGAGGUGCAGAAGAGGUUGAAGCAAGAAAGGAUAGAUGCUGCUCCUACCCGCUCCAGUGAUCGUCAACGUGCCAGGACAAUAGUUGCUUCAGAUCGUCACGGGGAAAUCACAGAGGAAGGCAUUCACUUAGAGGAGUAUGAUCAGUCAUCUUCAGAUGAUGAUGACUUGUCCGAGCCGGGGGACCUCAGUAAUGACGAAGUUGAAAAGCUUCAAGCUAUAAUCGAUGACCCAACCUCAAAACAAGAAGAUCGGCUUGCAGCCAUCACAAUGCUCCUUCAUGGACCAGAACCACUUCCACUUCCUGUGCUUCCGGGUGUGUCUGUACCUCCUUCUGCUACAGGGUUGGACCACAUUAAACAAAUCUAUGGAUGA